AUGGCAACAAGUCUCUACCCACACACCACAUACAAUCCAUACAUGAUCAGCUCUGUUACACAGUAUGACAGUGGUACAUACACCUGCAGCGGGUACAGGGGAAGAGACUCUCAGAGCUCAGAGAUCAAUUUACCCACAACUAAACUGACUGUGGAGUCUCAGAGUCCUGUGUUCACUGGAGAGUCAGUCACUCUGAAGUGUGAGGUGCAGGGUUAUCUUUGGUGGGCAUAUCAGUGGUAUAAGACAAAAGCACAGAGUCAGUGGACUACAGUGUCUCAGUCUGUGUUUUACACUGUAAACAGAGACACUCUCACCAUCAAUGGAGAUGCUGUAGUUAAUGGGGAUCAGUACCAGUGUAGAGGAGCACGAAAUAACAGACCAACAACAUCACAGUACAGUAACACUGUUACCCUCACUGUACAUGUUAAACCCACACCUGAACUCACAUCAAGCCUUACAGGAGCUGCACUGGUGGGAAACCCAGUGACUCUGCACUGUAAGAUGGACCAGCCUGCUGGAUGGAGCUUUUACUGGUCCAGACACACACAGAACCCUGAGAAUGAGACCAACACUGCAACAAACUCCUACAACAUCAGUUCAGUGGCACCCUCUGAUGGAGGCCACUACUGGUGCAGAGCAGGUAGAGGAAACCCAGUCUACUACACAAACUACAGUGAUGCAAUCUGGGUAAACGUUACUGCUCUGUCCCAUUCAGAAGCUCCAUUCUCCAUCCUCAGUCUGCUCAGUAGUCUACUGGCAGUCUCUCCAUAUCUGCUAGUGUCCAUCGUGCUGGGGGUCAAAUGCUACAGAGCUCACGGGAUCUGAGAGACUUGAACAAGGACUAAACUGAUGACUCGACAGCUGGGUAGAGGGAACAUCUCCAGAACGAGAGGUUCCAAC